AUGGUAGUUGAUUUUGCCGACGGGGCACCCUCUGGGGAUGCGAAAAAAGGCCUCUUUGGCCUUCCUCGGUCAGCCGUGGUUGACGGAGUAGUAUCUCCUAAGACGAUGGCCCUUCACAAGCGCUCUAGAAGCGACGUCAGUCACACAUACAGCAGUCACCUUGUAUGCGAUGGAGAGCAAAGGCCCAUCUUGCCGCUGCUCGAUGAUAACAAACUUUCGCCUUCGGCUGAGCCUGAUCUCUCCUCCAGGUCUCUGUGUGGCAAGUCUACUCUCUCUGCUACGGCUGUAGACACGUGUAUACCUCUGAGGCCCGUAUAUUGCCGUGCAAUUAGUGCAGGGAUACAGGGAUGCAGAGUUCCUGCCCUAACCCGUUCUUACUUUGCUGCUCUGCCCUCGUUUACAGCGCCCAUGUAUGUUCACCUUGGCUCAUGCAAGUCCGACGCUUUGCCUACGUAUAGCAUACAACUCCACUCGAUCAAGAGCAGAUAUAAGUACGCGCCAAGGCCUCAUUCGAAGCUGCCUGGCAGCACGAUAGGCUCAGGAAUCUCUAGUGCCCAAUCCCCUCCCCGCUUAACCCCGUCUGCCUCUUUUAGCACGCCUUCGUGCGGAACCAGCACACCUUCUUCCUGUGCCAGCAGUGUGGACAGGGCGUUUGGUGUGACAUCUCGUAGAACCCCUGGGAUUCUUUCUGUUGAUUGUGUGCAUGACAACCAGUCCUUAUCCAUCGCAUUUGCGACCGGAAGUAGAACAAUGGGCCUUCCACCCGUUGCGAUUACGCAUGUAGUAGGGUCUGCUUCUUGCGUUGAGUAA